UCACCCGCGCGCGGAGUUCUUUUAGCGCGCCGUUCUGCAAAUAGUUGUAUUUUGUUUAGCCCAACUCAAUUCGUUUUAUUCGACUUUUCGCGAGCGGGAGUGACGUCGCCGUUUGUGGGCAAUUGCGAACAUAUUUAUAUUUUAAUCGUAAGGAAAUAGCGGUUGUGGUUAUUGUUUUUUGACAGGAGACACGCGUCUCUUUUCCGCGUGUCUUUUAUUUUCGUGGAUCAGCGGCCACCUGAAAGCGCCAUUUGAAAGGCUAACAGCUGUGCGGCAAAAAAGAAAAAACAAAUAUAUACAUAUAGAUAUAUAUUCAAGUGCAAAAGCUGGCGUUGCUAAAUAGAAAUAAAAAAUAAAUAAAUAAAUAAAAGAGCAGAAUAAACGUGCAAAGCGGUGCGUGAGUGUGUGUGUUUUUAUUUAUUGCGCAAGCAAAAGAGAGCGCCUUGUGUGUGUGUGCGUACCUGAAAAUAUAUAUGUAUGCAACUAAUUUCAUUACUUUCAGUUGAGUUUAAAACAACAACAAAGGCGGCGCUCGCUGAAUAAGUCUAAUUUGAAGUGCAUUUCCUUUGUGACAGAAAAGUUCGCUCCAAACUCCAAAAAUCGAGCGAGGCCACAUGUAUACAUAUCUACAGAUAUAUAUGUAUGUACAUCUGUGAGUUCAGAGCGCAAGCGUCGCGUCGCCAUGCAAAUGUUAAUGAAAAACACAAACCCCUACAAAUCGACAGCAGCUUAAAAAACAUCACAAGAUUAUCACACACAUAAUAUAACAAUAUUAAAACCCACAAAUCAGCAAACAGCGAGUAAAGCAGGGGUUUAAAGUCCACUGGCUUGGGAAUGUAUUCCAGCAAGGAGACAAAGAGCGCGGCAAAGGCGCAGAAAAAGACGCAAAAGGUUAACAAAAAGCAGCAGCCAUCGUUGCCAAAUGGUAAUAAAGUGAAAUCACCAGCAAAUGCCAAGAAUAUCCAUAUGAAUAGUAACAACAAACAAACCAACAUUAACAUCAACAACAACAACAACAACAACAACAACAGCAGUACAGUGCCCAAUAACAAUAGCAAGAAUAAUACUUUGCCAGUUAACACGGCCCAGAAAGCCAAGGAACACUACGAGGCGGAAAAGAGGAACCAAAGUCUCAUAAUGGGCGCCAACACUUUGCCGGGCUAUGAAAGUGUGCCCAGAAUGGAGCGAUCCAACAGCUUCUCACUGCGCACCAAGCUGAAUAAACUGAUUAACCACCUGACGGGCAGCAAGGAGAAUCUAUCGAGGACUGAUGGCGAUGGGGAUUCCAGCCGCACACCGUAUAUAUUCACCCGUAGUCGUUCGAUGAUCCAGAUGAGGCGGCCAAACCGCCGGAGUUUCAUCGAGCCUCAGCUGGAGCAACUGAGCGAGGAGACGGAGAAAUCUGGGGAUCUCACCUCACCAGCAUCACCGCGGAAGACAUCGGUGGCCGAUCUUCAGGUCAGUUCGCCGGUGCUUCUGCGAAGGAGUGAACUCACCUCAUCGGUAAGGACUCCAAAACGUCGCCAAUCCGCCCAGCCCUUCACAUCGACUCCUUUGGAGGAGGUGCAGUCGCCGGCUCAACGCAAGGGCUCCCUGAUGUCGCUGAACCAAACAGAACCCGCCAACCCCCAGCUGAAUUUCCAAAAGAGACGUUCCAACACGCUGAUUGCUUCCUUUAAGAGCACCUUUAGUGGAUUCACUGGGAGCGCAGGCGGGGCCGAGAAAAAGGAGAAGAUGAAUCCCAAAUGGAGUGCCUCAUUGCAAUCACUGCAGGCCAUCGAUAAUAUGGUUAGCUAUGCCAACAUGUCCUUCAUCGACUACGACAAGUUCAAUGGCUACGAGAAGCAACUGGAGCGGCAGCAAUCGCUGAUGAGUCUGGCGGAGCAGCCGGUGCCCACCGCCACUCAACUGCCGCUGCCUCCUUCGGCGCUGGCCCACUCCCAUUCGCCCUCGCCGCUGGGCGACACCUCGCGCACCUCCGUCCACCUGGGCUCAUCCCUAGAUGAGUCGGUCAGGACCGUCGUGAUGCGCCGGAGGAGAAGCAAGACUUCGCUGGAGGGCAGAAGCAAGACAUCCUUGGAGGGCAGGAGCAGCAUGGCCAGCCUGAACAGUGCCUUUAAUUUGGACACCGACUACGAGCACAAUCUGGACCGGGUCCACAAUGUCUAUCGAGAGAGUUUGGACUCGCGAACCCUAGAGCUUCUGAACCAGCGAACUCGCAACUCCUUCAUCCAGGAUCAGGCGGUGCUCUUCGAUGCCCUUAAUCUGGAGGAUGGAUCCGUGGCCCGACGGUGUGCCUUUUGUUCGAAACGCGUUUGCAGGAGCGGAAGCAUGCGGCAGCAGCAGCAGCGGGAACGAGAUGCAGUGGACGGGCGAGGGAAUCCAGUAAAACAGCUGAAAUCGAAGAGCCUCACGCACUUGGAUGGCCUCGACUCGGGUGUGGUGGCCUGCCAGCACGGUCCUCCGGGAAUGGCCACCAGCAUCACCACCGCCACCACCGCCACUACAGCCAUCACAGCCAGCACAGGCAGCACCAGCGCCACAUCCGGACUGUUCGCCACCACUGGAGUCCCAGGAUCGCUGGGCCGGCAGGCCAAUGUGACUGAAAAGGGUGAACGAGCGGGCGGUUGCCUGUCACCCUCGGCACCACUACCCUCGCACACCCCACCGCACCACCCACCCACUAUUUACACGCAGGCACCGCAGAUCGUGCGGCGGAUGCCUUCGCUGAUGCUCUCGCCCACUCUCGAUGAAACCACGAAGACGGCCAGCUCGUCCUGCUUUGGUACCGGUCACCCCAGUGCCGGAUCCUUCCACCACCACCAGCACCACCACCACCACCACCAUCAUCAGCAACCUACUGGCAGCGUCAGCACCGCCGGCGCCACCGGCCACACUUGCACCACCACCUUCACCUCCACCUCCACCUCCACCUCUACCACGUCAACUCAUGCGAUACCCUCCUCCAAACACUUUCAGUGUGCUGGCGAGGCGGCGGCCACAUCCUCGUCCUCGACGCUUAGUCCCCACAGUGCCACAGCCGCGACCUUGGGCGGAGGUGGAUGUGGAGGUGGAAGUGGUGGUGGUGGUGGUGGUGGUGGUGGUGUUGGUCUAACCUCCCCGGUGGGCUGCACCUCGUCCUCCGGUUCGACGGUGAAAAAGAAAUCCUCGUUCAUGAAGCGCAAGAAGCCACUGCUGACGCGCAGCGAGGUAUCCAGUUCCGAGUUCUUCUCCGUGUCAUUCUGCUUGGACUCGUCGCAGCAUCCCGAUGAGGAGUUUAUUCCGGCGACCAAAGGCGUGACACUACUUAACGCACUCAGCCACGCCCUGCGUAGGCGGAACCUCAGCUUUACACAAAUCACCAUUACGGACAAUAAUCCCACACCCAGUUUUUUAGAUGCAGGUCCUUCGCUCCUGCCCGUUUCCGUGGAUGAGCAGACCGAUGUGGAGAGCCUGGCGGGACACCAUCUCUGCAUCACAGAACGAGGCAGCAACCGCAAGCCCCUGCAGAAGGCAGCUUCCUUUGGCUCACGACAACCUCCGCCCCGACUCCUGCCCUCCGUCUCCACCGAGGAGACCAGCGAGUCGGGAGUGGCGCCCGGAAAGCAGAUCAAGCAACGGUGGUCUUCCAUAUUCGGAAUCAAGAAUCCCCAGCAGAGCCAGCUGUGCGAGUUGCUGAACAGCUAUGCCAAGAACGGAGUGCCCCAGCGGGCUGACAGCAUGAACUUCGAUCAUCCGGACCUGGGCAACUCACUGGCCUAUCUGCAGGAUAUGCACAAAUCGUGGCGGGACUUUGUACAUAGCGAUUCGAUGAGCGAGUCGGAGGUCAAGAUCCAAACGGCCAUUUGGGAGCUGGUUACCACCGAGGUCUACUACAUUCACGCCCUGCAAACAGUGACUGAUUUGUUCCUAGCCUGUCUGGAGGCCGUGCAGGAGGAACGCCUGCUGAUCGACGUGGACCAAGCUCGAUUGUUCUCCAAUGUGAGGGCUGUGUGCGAGGCGAACAUCAAGUUCUGGACACUGUGGCUGUAUCCCAUGGUGGCACACAGUGUCAUCACCCACGAGCCCCUGCGAUGCGCUUUUUUUCAGGAGGGGUUUCUUUCCUUCGCGUCCAUUUUUGCGCCAUAUAAGAUCUACUGUGCGGAACAGAGCACCUGCCAGUUCUACUGCAAGGAGCUAAACCAUAACAAUGCCUUAUUCACCUCCUACUUGGCGUGGUGCGAGUCGCAGAAGAUGUGCAACCGCCUGCGACUCGCGGACAUUGUGGUGCGACCCAUGCAGCGACUGACCAAGUACAGCCUCCUCCUGGCGGCCAUCAAGAAGCACAUGAGCGAUGUGGAGGAGAUCGAGGCCAUCGACGUCAUGAUGCACAGCGUGGAGAACUUUGUAAGCAGUGUGAACAACCACUUGACGAUGCGGCAGGAGAACGAGCGACUCAAGGGCGUGAUGGUGCGGAUCGAGUCCUACGACGUGGUGGACACCAACAACGAGAUGCUGGACAAGCUGAUCAAGCACCACAGCCAGAUGUUUGACCUCUGUGCUCCGAUGCGUGGAUGCCCGGCCUACCAUGUGCGCCACCUGUUCAUGGAGGGCGAUCACAAGUUCAAGGACAACCUCGGCAAGUCCGAUGUGCACUGCUUCCUGCUCACGGAUCUACUCCUGGUGUGCAAGACGAUCGCCAAGCGGGGACUAGGCGCUCUAAAGGUCAUCCGGCAGCCGUACCUUACCGACCAGCUAAUUGUUCAGCUGGCGCCGAACAACACACUGAAUUGCGUGUACCUCAAUGAGUUCCAGGUGGCCACCACGGCGUUUACGCUGCAGUGCACCGAGGCCAAGAACUGGUACGACGCCCUGUGGCGGGCCAAGACGAUCUACCAAAGACUGAAGCGCGGAGGCGGUGGUGGCAGCGGAAGUGGAACAGUGGGCGGCGGCGACAGCUUCCGGUUCGGUGGGAGUGCCACAAGCGGCGGCACCGCCGAUUCCCUUGGCGUCCGCAAGUCACCGAUGAACUCCUCCAUCUGCAGCCACGUCUCCAGUGCGAACAACAGCCACAGCGGCAGCGUCGAGUGGAACGACUCCCGCAACAUAUCCGUCGACUUUGAAAAGACAAACUCGGUGUCCAGCGACGAGGGCUCCAGCAUAAUGACAGGCAACCACGGAGUGAACCUAAAGGGCAAGCAGCAAUUGAUCAGUGGUCUGCACAAGGCCAAGAUGGGCAUCAUCGGCCAGAUGGGCUCCAAGUCGGCGAACACGCUCUCCGUGCAGCCAAUGAACCAUCUGGGCCAGAGCCUGCCCAACCUGAACAUGCAUCACAGCCACACUAACAAUACUCUACUCGUGCCCGGCUCCACGACGAGCCACUCGGGCAACAUGUUGUUGUCGCCCAGCCACCGCGGCAUUUCCUACCCGCCACCGAGCCCAACGAGAGUUCCCCUGCGCCGUGGGAUGGCCUUCUCCACGUCGACGAAGAAUCCGCCGCUGCGCAAGACCCGGAACAUAACCUCCCAGAACAGUAUUAACUGGCACCAGAUCCCGGCCACGCCCACGCCGCCCAGCCCCAGAUCGCAGUACCAGUCGCCGGGAGUGGUGUGCAUGCAGAAAUCGCUGCCCCUGCUGCUGCCCACAAACACGGAUGAGGGUCAAGGUCCCAGUCAGCCACCGCCCCCGCUGCAGAAGCAGUUCUCCCACCAGGCGCCUCUGCCCACCUCCAUUCACAACCAGUCGAGCACCGAAACGGACGUCUGAUGAGGACGGGUUGGCCGGAACUCAUACCCACGGAAUGUACUUACCCAUAUGUCCGCCACACACUACAUAGAUAAACUUUAUAUACAAGAUACAUUUGGAAAAUCGCCCUUGAUUCCCGCUCGCAUUAGCACAAAUUUAAAGACAGAUCUAGAGAUAUUACCAUCGAUUAAUUAACUUGAUUCAGAUUAGUGUGAUCAUUAGAGAAAGAAAUGGAAUACACAGGACAAGAUAAUAAAUGAAUAGUUCCCCUUUUGAAAACCUACUUAAAAUGCAAUAUAAUCCAGUGCGUGAUCAGAGGCGACUUUCCGAAUAUUCAAUUAGGAUUUCAUGAGCUUGUAGGACAUCGUGAGCUUGUAACGUGAAAACUGCACUUUUGGGUCCAAAGCUGAUAUUGAACUUUUAUACAUUCCAUAACUGACUCUCCACUGAGUCCCCAGCCUUGGCGAGAUUACAUUUCAGAACACAACGCUCCGCACAUUCGCCGUUUUAAUCUUCCCAUAACGAUAUGAAGACAAAUAAAGUUAAUCCAAACUAAAGUUAGAUGUACUUGUUACCAUAGAAUACGCAUAGUGCGAAUGCCAUAUAUACAGAAACAUACCUAGAUUGAUCACAAGCUUUAUGAAUAACUUACUACUGUACUAUUGAUGUAAGUCGUUACUUUCCUUGAGUAGUUAAAUCAAAUGUUACGGUCUAAAUAAAACAGAAUAAACAGAA